AUGUUGAAAUCAAAGACCUUUGUGAAGAAGACACGCUCAGGUGCAAUUUUAAAAAUUGUCAGAGAACAUUACUUGAGGGACGAUAUUACCUGUGGUUUCCAGGGCUGUGAGGAGUGCAAACAGGAGAACCCGGUCCUCUGUCAGGAAUCCCAUAUGCAAAGUUCUCUUUGUCAACAUCCCCACUACAUUUUGCCUGACACUAAUGUGUUGCUUCACCAGAUUGAUAUCCUUGAAGACCCAGUUAUUCAGAAUGUGAUCUUACUGCAGACCGUACUCCAGGAAGUCAGGCGCCGAAGUGCCCCAGUUUACAAAAGAGUCCGGGAUCUUACUAGUAACCCUGAGAAGUACUUCUCACGUUCUCCAAUGAGUACCAUCGUGAGACCUACAUAGAACAAGAACAAGGAGAGAAUUCUAAUGAUCGGAACGACAGGGCAAUUCGAACGUCAGUAAAAUGGUACAAUGAGCACUUGAAGAAUUCAACAAAAAACAAGGACCUACAAGUGCUUUUAAUAACAAAUGACCGGAGAAAUAAAGAGAAAGCGGUGGAAGAAGGAAUUGUAGCGUAUACCUGUGAAGAGUAUAUAAAAAGUUUGUUAGCUAAUCCAGAACUUGUUGAUCGUCUUUCCAAUAUUUCUGAUGACAAGAAUGAGGUGGAAAGUGGUAAAAUUAUCUUUUCGGAGCAUCUUCCUUUGUCUAAAUUACAGCAAGGGAUAAAAUCUGGCAUUUACCUUCAAGGAACAUUCAGAGCAAGUCGAGACAACUUUUUAGAAGGAACUGUUUGGGUCCAUGGAGAGGCUGUAGAGAACAAAGAGGUAAUCUUACAAGGGUUGCGAAACCUAAACCGAGCAAUGCACGAAGACAUUGUUGCUGUACAGCUCUUGGAAAAAGAUAAUUGGGUGGCUCCAUCCUCUGUGGUCCUCCAAGAUGAUGGUGAAAGUGAAGAUAUUGAAGUCGUAGAGGAAAAAGAAAAAAUGCUAAAAAAUGUUGAAAAGAGAACUGCAAAACCAUCUGGAAGAGUAGUUGGCAUCAUAAAAAGGAACUGGAGACCAUAUUGCGGCAUGUUGUCAAAGUCACAGAUUAAAGAGUCCACUCGCCAUCUCUUUACGCCAGCUGACCGAAGCAUACCUCGCAUUCGCAUAGAAACCAGGCAAGCCUCCGUUCUGGAGGGACAGAGAAUUAUAGUGGCAAUUGAUGGAUGGCCAAGAAACUCCAGAUAUCCUAAUGGACAUUUUGUAAAGAACCUCGGCGCAGCUGGUGACAAGGAGACGGAGACAGAGGUUUUACUUCUGGAACAUGAUGUUCCUCACCAGCCAUUCUCACAGGCUGUUCUCAGCUUCCUACCCAAGAUGCCUUGGUCCAUUACACCUGAGGACAUGAAGCACAGAGUUGAUUUGAGACAUUUAUAUGUGUGUAGUGUGGAUCCUCCCGGCUGUACAGACAUUGACGAUGCGCUGCAUUGCAGGGAACUGGAAAAUGGAAACUUAGAGGUUGGAGUGCAUAUUGCAGAUGUGAGCCAUUUUAUUAGGCCUGGCAACGCUUUGGAUCAGGAAUCUUCCAACCGGGGUACUACUGUAUACUUGUGUGACAAGAGAAUUGACAUGGUCCCUGAUUUGCUCAGUUCAAAUUUGUGCUCUUUAAGAUCACAAGUGGAUAGGCUGGCAUUUUCAUGCAUUUGGGAAAUUAGCCAUGAUGCCAAAAUUAUUCAUACAACGUAUACAAAAAGUGUAAUCAAUUCAAAAGCUUCCCUUACCUAUGCAGAAGCACAGAUGAGAAUUGAUUCUCCCGACAUGAAUGAUGAGAUUACUAAAAGUCUCCGUCUGCUGAAUAAAUUGGCAAAGAUUUUGAAGAAGCAGAGAAUAGAUAAUGGUGCUUUAACUCUUUCUUCCCCUGAGGUUCGAUUUCACAUGGACAGUGAAACUCAUGACCCCAUAGAUCUUCAGACCAAGGAGCUCAAGGAAACUAAUUCCAUGGUGGAAGAGUUCAUGUUGCUUGCUAACAUUUCAGUGGCACAGAAGAUCUACGAAGAAUUUUCAGAGUAUGCAUUACUGCGUAAACAUCCAGCUCCUCCUCCGGGAAAUUAUGACAUUCUGGUGAAGGCUGCAAGUUCCAAGAAUUUGGAGAUAAAAACAGAUUGUGCAAAGGCUCUGGCUGAUUCCUUAGACACAGCAGAAUCAGAGGAGUUUCCCUAUUUGAACACUUUGCUGAGGAUCCUGGCUACCCGCUGCAUGAUGCAGGCAGUCUACUUCUGCUCUGGAAUGGAUAGUGAUUUCCACCACUAUGGUUUAGCCUCUCCAAUCUACACACACUUCACCUCUCCCAUUAGAAGGUAUGCCGAUGUCAUAGUACACCGACUUCUGGCUGCAGCAAUUGGGGCAGACUGCACAUACCCUGAUCUGACAGAUAAACAAAAAAUAGCAGAAAUCUGCAAAAAUAUUAACUUCAGGCACAAGAUGGCUCAGUAUUCACAGAGAGCUUCUGUUGCAUUUCACACUCAGCUGUUCUUUAAAAACAAAGGAAUUGUAAAUGAAGAAGGAUACAUCUUGUUUGUUCGGAAAAAAUGCGCUUGUGGUAUUGAUCCCAAAGUUUGGUUUAGAAGGCAUGGUCUUCUUUGAUGACAAAGUAAAGCCUAGGCUAAUUUACAAUGAUGAGAUUCCUUCGCUGACUGUGGAAAACACCACCUUCUAUAUGUUUGAUAAAGUAAAAGUUAAAAUUUCUUUGGACGCUUCAAACAUUCAACACCAGAAAAAUACGAAUGGUUCUCGUGGAGCCUGAGAUUCCUGGUGUUGCAAUAAGGGAGAUGGACCAAAGCACCAUCAGUGAAGAGCCAACAGCCAAGAAGAGCAAGCGGAAAACAUAG